GUCUGAUUAACGGCCUUCACAUGAGCAUGCUGGGAUUCGUCUAUCUGGUUCUCAUCCUGGGUUGGAUACUGAUCGUAUUGUUCCUCAAGUGCAAAAAGUCCUUGGCAGCUCCCUUUCGCUUUGGCGAAAACUACACCGAUGCCAUUGCCGAUCCAGAACGACGUCCCUCAGUCCAUGUGAUCCAGCUGCAGCAGGAUGAUGUGGAGCGCGAAGAUCAUUAUAUGAACAACUUUCACCGAAACACGGAGAAUCUGCAGCGGUACUCGCAUCGCUCGCAACGCUCCACCUUGGAGGAGCGGACAAUCGAAAGAACAUAUCCCACGGAUGCGGUGAUAAAUCCUGCUUAUAUGCACGAUGAGGACUAUGUGAUCAAUGCCCCACCACCAUCCUACGAGGAGGUGAUGCGCCAGCCACAGGUGUAUCCUCAGGUGCGCCACAACAACCACAAGAUCAGCGAUGCUGACAUCUAGCCCAUAUAUCCCGAUUAUAAAAUUGUAUAUAAGCAUGUAUACUUCGUCUUGGUCAUCUGUGAUUAAAUUCUUUUUGGUUUGUUCUUUUAUUUCUCUUGCACCCAAAAAACAUAAUCAAUUCGAUUGAUUCAACUUAGGUGGCCUGCGCCCUCUUGCACAGCGAAUAAUAGUUUUACAUAAAAAAUGUACAAAAUGAUUUUACAUAGGUAUGGUUAUGAUUAAUGAUUACAAACAAACAGUCAGUCCACGUGUGCAGUUGUUACAGAUUGUAAUUGUAAAUAAACUAAGAGUGAAAAAUAUUAAAUAAAAUGUGUAAAAAAAAAUAAAACAUUUUCCUUUGCAUUCUUUUGGCUAAAUUAAGUCGCUAAAUUCGAUAUAUAUCUCGUACAUACAGACACCCAAGCUUGUACAUAUUGAUACAUAAAUGUGU